CCACCUUUCACCCGCACGCAGCCGUCGGGAGGGAGCGGGACCACGGUGAUAGCCAGGCUGGCUCCUGGGUGCUGGUGGUCUGCGGAGCCGUGUGGCCAGGGCGCAGGGGCUUGGCAGGGGCCCUGGGCCAUGCGGCUGCGGCCACACCUUGUCCAGCACAGCCGGCUCUGCCGGCUUCCCAGCUUUCCCUGAGUCUUGUUUUUCUGCCCGGCAGUUUCCUGGAGCCAAAUGGCUCCUGCCUGCCUGCUCGGGGUCUGCAGCCUCCUCUGCGCCUGGUCAGUGGUGACAGGACACCCCUGCAGCCUUGACCACCAGGGAUGGGCCAGCUGCAACGGGAAGAGCCUCCUGCAUGCUCCAAGUUCCCUUCCAAGCAACAUCACCGGUUUGGACCUCUCCUUCAACUCCUUGGUCAUGCCCCGUCAAGGGACUCUCUUGAUGCAUUUCCCUUCCCUGCGCUUCCUCAACCUCUCUAGCAAUGCCCUGCUAGCUCUGAGCCCUGCAGUCUUCUCCAACCUCGGGGCACUGCACCUGUUGGACCUGAGCAGCUGCAUGAUCUCCUACCUCCACAAGGAUGCUUUCAAAGGCUUGGGAAACUUACACACACUCCUACUAAGAAACAACAGUCUGCAAGGGCUUGAGGUCCCUUUCUUCCUGCCGCUGAAGGCUCUUUUCCACCUGGACCUGCAGCACAAUGCACUGGUCUCUGUGGACGCUUGGAGCCUGCAGCUGAUGGAGGCAGUUCCACAGGUCCAGUUGGAAGGGAACCCCUGGGUCUGCGACUGCACCGCGCACCCUCUGCAGCAGUGGCUACAGCGCAGGCAAGCUGUGCAGGUGACCUGCGCAUCACCCCCGGGGCUGCGGGGCCGGGAGGUUGCAGCUCUGGAUUCCCAGGACCUGGGCUGCUGGAUGAAGCAGCGGUUUCCUCGGGGGGUCAGCACGGCGCAGCAGAUCACAGUGACCCUCAGCAACACCACCACUCCGCCCUCCGGGAAGGGGGGAAGGAGCUGGCCAUACCUGGUAGGCUUCCUGGUGGCAGCAAUCGGCAUCUCCAUCCUGAUCGCCCUGGGUGCCAAGUGCAAGCUCUUCCACAAGAACUUUGCCAGCUACCGCCACCGGCCGCUGCCUGAAAGCAGCUCGGUCAGAGGCAGCCCCAUGGAGGAUGGCAGCAGCUGGGACAGGGGCUCCUCAGGUUGGGCGGCCAGCGAAAGCCACCCCAUGCCCCAUGCUGCCGACCUGCAAGCUGAGGAUGAUGACGGCUUCAUCGAGGACAACUACAUCCAGCCAAGCGAGCAGCUGCCGGAGGAAGAGGAGCAGGAGUCGCACCUCUCCAUCUGAGCCUGCAGCCCAGCCACCACUGCUGUGGCAUCUCACCAUCCCCCCACCUCCAUCCCCUUCCUGCCGUUUCCUACCUGCCCUCAGCUGGGGGCAGCAGGAAAGAAGCGGAGGGGAGGGAGAGAAGGGAUGAGCUGGGAAUGGGGACGGAGGCUGAAGGCAGCAGGCCCCACGGUGCCCCAGCAUGAUGCCAGCUGGGCGGCACUGGCACAGGGACACCGGACCCACUGCUGCUCUCCCGGCCCUGCUCAGAUGCUGAAGAUGGAGGAGAUGGUGCUGAUCACAACUGGGCAGCCUGGUGGGGAGGAAAGAGGAGCCUGUCCUGCUGGGUCUUGGGCACUGGCCCUGCACCUAGCUAGAUGGAAGCAGACUGAGCCUUGCUCUGUCCCCCAAUGCCUUGUCACUCCAGGGUGUGAUUAAAGCAUGAUUUAACCCUGCCUCCUCCUGCGAUGGUUUGUUGGGGCUCUCUCAGUGGCGGUGGUGCUGGGAGGAGACCCCCAGCUGGGGUGUGGCUUUUUUUGCAUGCCCUUUCAAGGACCAUAAACACAUUCCUUGUUAACUGCAGGGGUGAGAGAAGAGGCCUGUGGCACAACAAGUGCUCUUGUGCAAACAAAUCUGUUACCUGAUCUGGCGCAGGCAGCCCUGGCAUGUUGUCACAGGGUUUCUGUGCACAUCUCUCCAGCAUUGCCUCCCGCUGCAUCCCUUCGCUGUUUUCUUUCUUCCCUCUCCAGCAAGACCUGCUAGAAAGGCACUUACCUUCCCCGUGUCAACUCUGCAGAGCUGAGCAAACUUGUUGGCGACACCAGUUGGGGCGUUAGGCAGGCACGUGCGCUGGGACGAGACAGACGUGUCCCCCGGCACCCAUUGCAGAGCCCUGCCUCUAUUUCUAUCCAUGAAGUUGUAUAAACAUUAUAAUUUUUGCAUUCUUGUCAUCUUUGUGGUACAAUAAACAGCACAUAAGACAUA